AUGCCAGACGCUCUGGAAGAUUCCUACCGCGCCCGCCGCCCUCAUCGGAAAUCGAGGAACGGAUGCCGUAAUUGUAAAGCGCGAAAGAUCAAAUGCGAUGAAGUGCAGCCCCAAUGCGGGCAAUGCACCAAGCACGCCGUCAUCUGCGACUUCUCCGCCAGGGAAUCCCUCCCCGCAAGCUCAGUCUCCUCGAGCACCACCACCACCCCCGCACCUACCUUCUCCGGCAUCGAUUCCACCCUGUUGAACCUGGACCCGCCUACCGCGCCACCACCGACCACCAGCCUGGCCGCCGACGAGAGAUACAACAACAACAUCGACGACGACAACAACAGCCACAACAGCGCAUGGCGACGACUCUUCGGCGCCCCAAGCGACCCCAUCGACCAGCUCGCCGUCGCCACCAGCAGCAUCCCACUCGAGCCCGACCUCGAGCUCAACAUGACGGACCUCGAGCUACUCCACCACUUCACCGUCACAACCGCCUACACGCUCGGCGCAACCGUCGAGCUGCAAACCUGGUGGCGCAUCGAGGUCCCGCACCUCGCCUUCUCCUACCCCUUCGUCAUGCGCGCCCUCCUCGCCCUCUCCGGCGUCCACGUCGCCCACACCAUCCUCUCUUCCUCACCACCACCAACAACCACGGACCGCAACGACAGCCCCACCGCCUCGGAAGAACGCCGUCUCCAAGCCGCCGACCACACCGCCCGCGCCCUGUCCCAACAACGCCUCGCGCUCCGCACCGCCCACGCCCUCCUCCCGUCCUGCACGACGACGGCAACCACUGAAUCUUCCUCUUUCCCUUCCGCCGGAAUCCAUGCUUCCCCCCCUUCGUUGACGUCGUGGCCGCAUCCGUCCCUCAACCCCCACAUCUUCCCGCCCCUCUACAUCUGCGCCGUCAUCACGACGCUCGCGUCCUUCGCCGCUGCUGCCGCGACCGCAUCACCACAACAACAGCAACACCACCACGACGAAAUACGAGACACAGACGCCAACAACAACAAAAACGACCUCCUCAUCGUCAACAUCAGCAACAGUGACAACAACAGCGGCAGUGCCACCACCACCGGCACCAUCGCCCCCUGGCUGCUCCUCUCGCGCGGCAUAAAGCAAGCAGCGGAUCGUGCAGCAGCAGCAGCAGCGGGGGUGCCGCAACCCGGACGACCUGAAGGCGGUGGUGGCGGAGGGGUAGAACCUGGAUCACUAGCGGGGGGAAGAAGAAGAGAAGGAAGAGGAAGCAACAGCAACAGCAACAGCAACAACAACACCGCGCUCCUGAUGGCCAACGCCGUGGGCAUGCCGCUGCGCAUCUCGCAGCCCCGGUACGGCGGUGGCGGCGGUGGAAGAGCGACGACGCUGGGGCGGGGGAGGGGGAAGCCUGAAGGGGAGGAGGGGGAGGAGGAGCCUGGUGGUGGUGGUAGUGGCGGUGGUGGUGAUUAUUCCUCCUCCUCGCUGUGGUACGACCCGUGCCACGGGUGGAGCACGAGCGCGAGAAGGAGCAGGAGCAGGAGCAGAAGCGGCGGCGGCGGUGUCGGUGUCAUGGAUGACGGUGGAUCGGGCAGAAGAAGAACCGGCGCCGGCGAGCUGCACGCCGCCGUGACGGCAGGCAUCGACCAGCUCGCCGCGCUGCGGGCGUGGUUCGUCGCGCUGUACGAGCAGCGCUAUCGCCGGCGCCAUCGUCACAUGCGGCCGCACCGUCACCACCGACGCUCGGCAAACGACGGCGACGAUUACGACGAUGACGACGACAACGAUGACUACGAGACGAUGGAGGGGCAGGAGGGAGGAGGAGGAGGAGGAGGAGGAGGAGGAGGAAGAGCGGAAGAAGAGGAAGAUGAGGAGGCGGCGGCGGCGGCGGCGGACGAGGCGAACUUGUCGUCGUUGGUCGCGGCUAUUGACGGGUUGAUGGAGGCGUAUGCUGUUUUUGAUGAGAGCGAGAAGGGGAGGGAUAGGAGGAGGUGGGAGCGUGACGGGGGCGGUGGGGACGCCGAUGAGGGCGACGACGACAUGACGGCGGGGAUGCGCGCGGUGCUGGGGUGGGUGUGCAACAGCUCUACUGGUAAUGGCGGCGGCAAUGGCGGCGGUGCUGCCAGCGUGGAUGAUCGGUUCUUGGAGCGGGCCGCGCAGGGGGCGCCGGCCUUUUUGAUCGUGUUGGCCUUUUGGGGCGUGCUGAUCCAUUGGGUGGAUGAUGGUGGCGGCGGCGGUGAUGGUUCAGGAGUAGGGGUGUCGGGACGGCAGAAUACCCAGCGGCGGCGGUGUUGGUGGAUUGGUGGGUGGGGAAGAAGGUUGGUUAGGAGGGUAGAGAUGGCGGUUUCGGUGCAAGGGUCGGCGUCGGAGGGAGACAGGGCAAUGCAUGGUGGUGGUGACAUGGAGAAGGAGAGUGAGAUGGACUGGCUGAGGUGGCUGAGGUGGCCGUUGGAGCAGGUUGUGACGGAUGGGAAAAGUGGCGGGGUGAGGGCGGUGGAUUGCGUAGUUAUCUGA